AUGAACGGCGAUAUUGACGCAGCGCCCAGUGAAUUGCGGUCUCUGGGCCUGUUGGAACGAUACUCGGCAGUCAGAAGCCAUCUCGGAAUCUACAACAACGUCUGCGUCACUGCAGUCUAUAAAUGCUCCUACAAUGGAGAUCUUCUGCAGGCUCUAUGGCGAGCUGUUGGCGACGUCGUUGCGCAGCACCCGAUCUUGAGAGCGACGCCUGUCGACAUCGAUACCAAAGAGCCUCGGUUCAUCUCUCUGAAAAUUACCGAACCCGAGCAAGUCAUUCAGCUGAGAAAACCUCAAACAGCCGUCACCGGCCCUCAAUUUGAAGCUGAACUGCAAAUGACGCUUGAAAAGCAACACAAUACGCCAUUCGAGCACGGCGCGACCCCGCAACCCUUCUGGAGAUUAGAGGUUCUGGAUGACCGGACCAGCUCUGGAAGUUUCGUGGCUUGUCUAUGCUUUCAUCACUCUUUGAUGGACACCAAGAGCGCCCUGAUCUUUCACGAAGACCUCGAGAAAGCUCUAGAUCAGUCGUUGACAACAACCCGUUCUGUAGAUGUACUGCUUCCGCCACUGGAAGCCGUCUAUGAUCUACCGGUUUCGGAAGCCUUCGUCCAGCAGGCAUCAAAGUACAUCGAGCCAUCAGCCAGAGUCUGGAGCGGCGCACUGCAGCAAGUUCCAGUGGGAACCCGUGUCGGAUUGUUUUGGGUCUCGGAAAAAACUGCCGACAGCUUCAGAAAGCACUGCAAGGGAGAGAAAGCAUCUGUAACGGCUGUUAUCAUGGCCCUCCUAGCAACAGCAUUCUUCAAAGUUCUUCCCGACGACUACGAUACGUUGCAGGGUGACUGUGCUGUAUCCCUGCGCCACCUGCUGCCGGACCCCAUCGAUGAUAGAUCCCUAGGUUGUUAUGUUGGAUCUUUCAGCGAACAGUAUUCCCGGAGCGCGGAUCCGGCGUCAAUGUGGUCCGACGCUAGACGGACAAAAGCGACGAUUGAUGAGGUUGCGAGAAACCGUGGAGCGGAUAUGCCUGUUGGAUAUCUACGUUGCGUCGCCCAUGACAUGCCGGGAUGGUUGUCCGGAAAGCUAGGGAAGAAGCGGGCCGCUGCGUGGGAGCUAAGCAAUGUUGGGGUUGUCGGCUCCGCUGGAAGAGUGGCCAAGACUGGGUUCAAAAUGGAGCGGAUGCUGUUCAGUCAAAGUGCCAGUGCAACCUCUGGGGCUGUCAAGGUGAGCGUUGUGACGGGGAUAGACGGGCAACUCGGCUUUGCUUUCUCGUGGCAGGAGGGCAUUGUGGAGGAGCGUUUGGCUGAAGAGGUGGUCUCUACGUUUAGAGAGUCGUUACUAGACUUAGCGUCUGAGGGCGGACGCUGA